UUGGUCUGAAUGACGUCGACCACGUCCCAGCCCUCUCCUGGCCUCGUCUUGCGUGUGCCAACGCGAGCGAACACGGGGGCUAGCCAAAGUUGAGCAAGCGCACACCUGUCGAGGGCUGGACUGUAAAACGGUUGGCAGACCUCGUUGCCGCACUUCCGAUCGCCUUGGCUGGCCCAGGUACAACGACGAGGUGUGCCACGGUUCAGAAAAGAAAGAGCGCAUGUUAUUUUGCUCCUUUGGGUGUUAAGCUCUGCCCUGCCCUACCUGCAUGCUGCAUGCCCACGUACGCGUACGAGGUGCGCCGUAAUUACACCGCAGGAAUACCUAGCCGCCGCUCUAGCCACUGCCCUAGCCACUCUUGGAGCAUCUCACCCCCUGGAGCCACCGCAUCUCACCAACUCAUUGCAGUCUCCCGAGCUCGCGGACAACCGAAACACAAGGCCUCUUCACCGCUCCUCAGCCGCGGCCGAAGAUAGAUGGCUGCGGAACCAACCGACCGGAAGGAUGAAUUGGCUUCUGAAUACAUAAACCCCCUCGAGCAGAGCCCCAGAUGGAUGCUCGCCGCCCAGGCUCUUGCCAUACGCUCUGGAGCGAGCAUUGCGUUUGGCAUGUCCAGUCUAUACGACCCUGCUGGCACUGCUCCAUCCGGCGUGCUCUGGCUCGAUGCCACGCUGGGCAGCUGGAAGGCUAAGGAGGCCAUCCGGGUCGAUGUCUGGGAGCCCCCACGACCGCCAUCGAGGGCCUCCUCUCGCAUGUCGUCGAGAGUAUCAUCACGGGUAUCCUCGCGAGUCUCCUCGCGGGUCUCCUCGCGGGUCUCCACCCCGGCUGCCGCCGCAAGUGCUGCUCCCGACUACUUGACAGCCGGCCAAGGCGGCGCCGACGGUGACAGCCGGCCGGCCAUCAUCAACUUCCACGGGGGUGGCUUCGUCCUCGGACAGGGCACCGACGACGCGCGCUGGGCCGCCGCUGCCGCCUCGGCGCUGGGCGCCGUCGUCUUCUCGGUCAACUACCGCCUGGCCCCUGGCUAUCCGUUCCCCACCCCGGUCGAAGACUGUACGGCCGCCAUCGCCCAGAUCUGCUCCGACGACGGGCCCGCGGUCAAGAGGUAUCGAGUCGACCGCGCCCGUGUGAUUCUGUCGGGGUUCUCGGCCGGCGGUACCCUCGCCCUCGCCAGCUGGGUCGUGCUGCAGGACCCGGCGCGGUGGGGUUACGGGGACGUGCUGCCGCCAUCCCUGCCGGCUGUCGCCGGCCUCGCGCUCUACUACCCGCUGCUAGACUACACCGUCGCCAGGCCGCGCAAGCGGGAGGCGUGCCCCCGGCCGGACCUGGCGCUGCCCAAGUCCCUGACGGACCUGUUCGACGCCUCGUACCUGUACCCGCCGCGCCCGCCGGGUGACCGCGGGGACCUCAGGAUAUCGCCGGGCCUCAUGCCCGACGACAUGCUCGCCCGGCUGCCGCCGCUGCACCUGUGCCUCUGCGAGCACGACAUGCUCCUGGCGGAGGGCCUCGCCUUCGCCGACAGGGUGCGCGGGCGGGCCGACGACGGCGGCGGCGCCGGGCGCGUCGAGGUCCGCGUCGUCGGCGGGGAGAAGCACGGGUGGGACAAGCCGCCGCCCUUUGCGCAAAAGGAGAGCGCCGGCGAGGAGUACGAGGCGGCCAUCGGCUCGAUCAAGACGUGGAUCGGUUUUGACGCCGAAAUCAAGUUGCAUGGACAGCCUGAUUUGGCGGCCCUACUAAUACCUCCAAGUGCCAUUGUAUGAAUAGUGUGAGAGAGGUAUGUACGCGUAGAUACUUAUAUGGCGAAAUAGAGAUUUGUAUCUUGACAGCACGACGGCGGAUAUUACAUGCUUCUCCGCUCUCCAGUAGCAGCGGCCCUAUGAGUGAGCGAGCAGCGUGAUUGGCCAUAUUCUCCUCGGAAUUCAUACUGGC